AUACCUUACUUUAAAAACUUAUUUUUUAUGCAAAAAAUACUGUACAAAAAGGCAAAAUUUUAAUGCGAGGAAUAAGUUUUGUGCGAAUGGAUAGCAAACAGACGGAGAAACUGAUUAAAGUGGACGAAGAGGUAGAAGAGCGGAAGAAAGAUGAAAAAAUAGUGGUUGAUAUACCGGACGCCACUGCUAACAGAAGGAGUCGAUUGAGGCCUAAAAGUGCCAGAAGUAUUCGGGGCAUGUUUAACGACGAGAACGUUCCCAAUGAAGAGGCCAUAUAUAAACUAAAUGAGAGGACUUGUUUCCAUAAGGUUAGGUCAUUGGAUAAGUUUGUUUGCCGUAAAUAUCACAUCGAUUUGGACACAAUGCAACUCCAUUACGAGCCUUCAAUCAAACCUUUCAUGUGUAAAGAUGUGCCCUAUUAUGAUUUAUGCGAUCUCUCGGAAGUGCGAAAGGGUUGGGAAUCUGAUCGUUAUAAUGUAAUUGAAUCCAGAUUUCGGCGCAAACUUCACGCCUCUAUUGGGCCAAAAAAUUUGCCACAACUCGAAGAAAAUAACUGUUUUUCACUAAUUUUUGACAACGGCUUCAAAACCGAAGACUUAGUGGCGCCUAAUGUCGAGACACGCGAUGUGUGGAUGGCUCACAUCCACAAACAUAAAAUGAAUAGAAGAGAUUUGACAGGAGAUCACACACUAGACUGGGAAGAGUUCCUUAUAUUCUAUCAAUUGAUUAAUCAAAGACCAGAAUUGGAUGAACUCUUUCAAGAUUAUUCAGUGAACAGCACUUGUAUUAUGGGUCCCGAAGAGCUCAGAGACUUUUUGAUUGAAGAACAGAAGAUGACAAAAGCGAGUUUAGCUGAUUGUGAGGCAUAUAUCAGUCGAUACGAACCAAAGGAUAGUGAAAAUCCAGGCUAUCUAUCCAUUAAAGGUUUAUCUAACUAUUUCUAUGCGCUUUAA